AUGUAUUGGCCAGGGCUUGGGCGUGGGCUGAAGAGCCUGGCGCUCACACUUCUCCUCUCUAAUCCGGCGGGUGCGAUCGACCUGAGUAUCAAUGAUGAACAAUCUAUUAAAGAUGCCGCCAGCACCACUACGUACGCGAUGAUGACCUACUACCACGGCAACGAAACCGGCCAUAUUCCGGGAGCCUUUGCAAGCAAAUGGUGGGAAGGUGCGGCACUGUUCUUGGCCUUGCUUCAGUAUUGGCAUUUCACCGGCGACACAACCUAUAAUGAGGAACUACGUGUUGGAUUGCAAUGGCAAUCUGGUACAGACGGCGAUUACAUGCCGAGCAACUACAGUAGUUACCUGGGAAACGAUGACCAGAUGUUUUGGGGACUUGCCGCCAUGACUGCCGCCGAAUUGCAGUUUGCUGACGUUUCGGAUGGAUUUUCAUGGCUGUCACUAGCCCAAGGUGUCUACAAUACCCAGAUCAAACGAUGGGAUACAACAAAAUGCAAUGGUGGAAUGCGCUGGCAGAUCUGGCCCUACGAAUCCGGCUACACGCUGAAGAACUCCAUUUCCAAUGGUGGUCUUUUCCAGCUUGCCGCUCGCCUCGCUCGGUACACCAAUGAUGCAACAUAUGCUGCAUGGGCUGAAAAGAUUUGGAAUUGGUCAUUGAGCUCGCCGCUACUCAGCAACUCGACUUGGAACGUUGCCGACUCAACAAACAUGGAAAAUGAUUGUUCUACUCAAGGCGACACUCAAUGGUCAUAUAACUAUGGAACUUACAUGAUGGGCGCUGCCUACAUGUAUAACUAUACCAACGGAAGUUCUGAAUGGCUAUCUGCCGUGAAUGGACUGAUGAAUCAAACCUUUGAUCAUUUCUUCCCGGAUAGCAAUGGUGGCAUCUUUGAGGAAAUCGUCUGUGAGCCGUCGGAAAGCUGCAACGACAAUGAGAUUCUAUUCAAAGGUCUUGUCUCCUCAUGGCUUUCAUUCACGGCUCUUCUGGUUCCGUCGACAUACAGCACAAUUCUACCAAAGCUGCAAACUUCGGCCAAGGCUGCUGCAUUGUCUUGCACAGGCCACAACAACAAUACAUGUGGAGUACGGUGGUACCAAUCCACAUAUGACGGAUGGAUUGGCAUGGAAGAACAAAUAAGUGCCACCAAUAUUUUCGUCGCGAACUUGAUUCAAUUCAGCACCACUGCCCCAGUCACAUCAACAACGGGUGGAAACAGUACAAGCAACCCCACACAGGGUGAGAACGACACCACUUCAUCAACUACUAAGCAGAAAGCCAUUACGACGGGAGACAAAGCUGGUGCUGGAAUCUUGACUGUCGUGUUCAUUGCCGGCUGGGUCGGUUUGAUGAGCUUCACUGUACUUGGAGGUUGA